GGAGGCAACUACAAAGCGCUAUGCGAGGGUUUAAGCUGGAGAGCUUCAGUGAAGCUGGCGAUGUGGUCUUCAGCUACCUGGAUCAACAUACGACGGUCCAAAGUGUCUACAAUAUAUCGCAUACGCACCUGGUUGUUUCUAUGGUCGUAAUUACCACCACCAGUCUGGAGAACGUCUUGCAUAUCUGUGAAUUUGAAAUGUACGGAGAUUCCUUGUGUCCGACCGGACAGUAUGGGCGAGAGUGUGAGCAUAAGUGCAAUUGUCUGGAGAGUGACCACUGUCUAGUGAGCACCGGGAGAUGCACUGCCGAGUGCGCUGCUGGAUACAAGGGCAACGACUGUAAUACAA